AUGGACGCCUCCGCCGGCUCGUCGGCGCCGCACUCGCAGGGGAACGCGGGGAGGCAAGGUGGCGGCGGCGGCCGGGGGAAGGCCCCGGCGGCGGAGAUCAGGGGCGCGGAGGCGAGGGAUGACUUCCUGUUCGCGGACGAUACCUUCCCGUCCCUCCCGGACUUCCCUUGCCUCUCUUCGCCGACAAGUUCCAGUUUCUCGUCGUCGUCGUCGUCGAACUCGUCCAGCGCCUUCACCACCGCCGCGGGGGGAGGGGGUGGGGGUGGUGUCGGCGGGGAGCCGUGUGAGCCGGCGUCGGCUGCGGACGGGUUUGAUGAGCUCGCGGAUAUAGACCAGCUCCUCGACCUUGCGUCUCUGUCGUCCGUGCCGUGGGAGGCCGAGCCGCUGUUCCCGGACGACGUUGGGAUGAUGAUAGAGGACGCCAUCUCCGGGCAGCCGCAUCAGGUGGACUGUACCGGCGAGGCGAAGGCGAUGCUGGAGGCGGCCGGGGCAGAAGACGCCGGCGGCGACGCAUGCAUGGGGAUUGAGGCGGCCGACGACCUGCCGGCGUUCUUCAUGGAGUGGCUCACGAGCAACCGUGAAUACAUCUCCGCCGACGACCUCCGCAGCAUCCGCCUCCGCCGAUCCACCAUCGAGGCGGCGGCCGCACGGCUCGGCGGCGGGCGCCAGGGCACCAUGCAGCUGCUCAAGCUCAUCCUCACCUGGGUGCAGAACCACCACCUCCAGAAGAAGCGCCCCCGAACGGCGAUGGACGACGCCGCGUCGGACCCGCAUGGCCACGGCAACGGCCAGCUCCCCAGCCCCGGCGCGAACCCUGGCUACGAGUUCCCCUCCGGUGGCGGCCAGGAGAUGGGCUCCGCCGCCGCCACAUCCUGGAUGCCCUACCAGGCCUUCACGCCGCCAGCUGCGUACGGCGGCGAGGCCAUGUACCCAGGCGGCGCCGGCCCGUACCCUUUCCAGCAAAGCUGCAGCACGAGCAGCGUGGUCGUGAACAGCCAGCCCUUCUCCCCGCCGGCCGCCGCCGCGCCGGCGGCUGACAUGCAUGCGUCGAGCGGAGGGAACAUGGCCUGGCCGCAGCAGUUCGCGCCGUUCCCCGGCUCCUCCACGGGUUCCUACACCAUGCCGUCGGUCGUGCCACAGCCGUUCACCACCGGAUUCGUCGGGCAAUACUCCGGUGGCCACGCCAUGUGCUCUCAACGCCUCGCCGGAGUCGAGCCCUCCGCGACAAAGGAGGCCCGGAAGAAGCGGAUGGCGAGGCAGCGCCGCCUGUCUUGCCUGCAGCAGCAACGUAGCCAGCAAAUCAACCUGAGCCAGAUCCAAAUCUCCGGCCAUCCACAGGAGCCCUCUCCUCGGGCGGCGCACUCGGCACCGGUCACCCCGUCAUCGGGCGGCUGCCGGAGCUGGCCGGGCAUCUGGCCGCCGGCCGGCCAGGUCAUCCAGAAUCCACUAUCAAACAAGCCCAACAACAAUCCCUCCACGUCAAAGCAGCAGAAACCCUCGCCGGAGAAGCCAAAGCCGGCUGUAUCUCAGCCGGCGGCGGCCGUCGGAGCGCAGCAGGAGAGCCCUCAGCGCUCGGCGGCUUCCGAGAAGCGGCAGGCUGCAACGAAGACGGACAAGAACCUGCGGUUCCUGCUGCAGAAGGUGCUGAAGCAGAGCGACGUCGGGAGCCUCGGCCGCAUCGUGCUCCCCAAGAAGGAAGCGGAGGUUCACCUGCCGGAGCUGAAGACGAGGGAUGGCAUCUCCAUCCCGAUGGAGGACAUCGGGACAUCUCAGGUGUGGAACAUGCGGUACCGGUUUUGGCCCAACAACAAAAGCAGGAUGUAUCUUCUAGAGAACACCGGUGAUUUUGUUCGCUCGAAUGAGUUGCAGGAGGGUGAUUUCAUAGUGAUCUACUCUGAUAUGAAGUCGGGCAAAUAUCUGAUACGCGGCGUGAAGGUGAGGCGCGCGACGCAGCUGGAGCAAGGCAACAACAACUCGUCGGGGGCGGUCGGAAAGCACAAGCAUGGCUCGCCGGAGAAGCCCGGCGUCUCCAAUACAAAGGCCGCCGGUGCCGUCACCGGCGGCGACGACGACAAUGACGACAGCGUGGACACGGCGGCGGCAGGCAAGCCGGACGGCGGCUGCAAGGGCGGCGGCAAGUCCCCGCACGGCGGCGCGCGGAGGUCUCGCCAGGAGGCCGCCGCCGCCGCCUCCAUGAGCCAGAUGGCGGUGAGCAUCUGAAGAAACUCUGAACUAAUCUAAUGCUUCGUGCAGCCAGCCAUGGCAGAUGCGCUGAAGCUUUUAAUUAUUUAGUUAGCUAGCUAGCUAGCUCGCUCCGUAUUAUACCUGAUGGUGAAAUCUCCGGAUUAUUAAGUUGUGCAUGCACGUGAAGCUAGCGUAGCGCUAGGGAUGGUAUAAUUGAGUAGUAUCCCGUAUAAAAAUGACGCUAAGAUCGAACGCGUGGUUAAUGGUUUGGUUGUUUAGUGAACCCCUGUAGUGUGUCCUGUACAUGCAUGAACAUUAAUUAAUUGAGUACCUUAAUUAAUCGUCGUCUCCAUUGCGGCUAAAUUAAGAACAUUAGUUAAA